CCUCACCUCUCCUCUUCUUCUCUCCCGCAACGGCCAAACAUUCUGCACCCCCUCCACCAGUCGCAUCGACACUCACUCUCCCUUCCCCCACGUCUGCUUUGCUCCAUCACUAUCCUAUCUGCCGUACCGUACCGUACCGUACCUUACCGUUCCUGACUCCUGUUGGUAACUUGACUUGCCUGUACGUACCGUUGCAUGCAUGGUGCUGCGCCUGUUGUCCCUGACAGAUCGGAUUUCAAUACCCACUGUCUGGAUUUGGGCCUGGAUCCCUCCACACGAGACGGCUCGACGCACUGUGAACGGAGGUAAAUUACAGACGAGUAACGAAAAUUAUUUAGGUGCCUAUCUCGGUCCUACCUAAGGCCGUUGCCUUUCAACUCACCCGACGAACGUCACUAAGGUACGGAGUAGUAGUACUACUCUUAACCUCACGAAGAAACGUCAACAUCGACUCGACGGCAAAAUCACACGAUCCUGCAAACCCAUGUCUAGACCUUCCCUAUACCAGUAAGUACAGUAACACCACAGCAGCAGCAGCCAGAACCUGGUUCUUUCUUGCGUGCCAAUUACCGACGAGCGAACUUCGUCCGUAAGGCACCUUUCGUACCACAGGUCCACUACCUUACCUACGGCGUCCUCAAACACGAGACCCGGCGAACAACUGCCAGAUCGUUCGUUGCACCAAGACAUACAUACCUACAGUACUUGGCCGACUAUCUUUUAUCUUUUGGAAGGCAUUCUGCUUACGGCGGGACUUGACGUCUUCAGGCACGCUUGUGUCAAUAAUAAUACGCCGUCUCUUCUGGACUUGCGGCGUGCCGUUGGCCGGCUCCCAGGGGCGACAGGGUCCCGCCCCCCACCCGCGAUCCCAGUCUGAGACCUCAACCGCACGUUGAACCCUUGUUGCUACCCAGGCGAACUUUGUUCCCCUGUCACCAUCACAAACUCGUGCAAGCAAACCAACCCCAGGACAGCUACCCCUUCUUCGUGCAUACAUCCCUCCUAGUGUGUUCUGAUAUUUGAACCUUCCGACUGUCGAAGCACCUGCGAGAAAAUCCUAAUCAGACCUCAUCACCUGUCGCUGUAGCGGCCCAAAUACUUCAACCGUCACAUCAAUCCUCCGCAACGGCGCAGAUAGUCACUAUGUGUUUCGGUGGACGGGAAGAUGGAGAGGCGAAGAGAAGUCGGGAGAUCGAUGCUCUGAUCCACCGGGAUGAGAAGGUGAUGCAGAAGGUUGUGAAACUCUUGCUCUUGGGUAUGCCAACUUCCCCUCAUUUUCCACCGAAGACCAACAAUUGAGCCGAGUACUGACUGUUGUCUGCCAUAGGCGCCGGAGAAAGUGGAAAGUCGACAAUCUUGAAGCAGAUGCGUCUGAUAUACACGAAGGAUGGCUUCACAAAGAAUGAAAAGGAAGAGUGGAGGGUCAUCAUCUUCAACAACAUUCUCGACGGUCUGCGAAUGACAAUUGACGCAAUGGACGAGUUUGGUAUCCCUUUCGAGUUUGAUAACACUACUGUAAGCAUGCCAUCGCCCAUGAACCGUCUCUGCAUGAGGCAGGGAUCGACCCCACUGAUCUAACAGUUACACAGGCCCAUCUCCCCGUCAUAAUGCAGGAAAAAGAUCUCCGACCAUACGAGCCUAUACCAGUUGAGUAUCUACGAGCAUUCAAGGACAUGUGGAGGGACCCAGGAAUCCAAAAGGCGAUUGAGAGAGGCAACGAGUUCGCGCUGCAUGACAAUCUGGCCUAUUUCUUCCAAGAUCUCGACCGAUUAUUCAACAAGGAAUUCAUCCCCACCGAUCAAGACGUACUACGCGCAAGACUGCGAACAACCGGAAUUACAGAGACAGUUUUUGAUCUCGGAUCGCUACAAUAUCGCAUGUUUGACGUUGGUGGACAAAGAUCGGAGCGGAAGAAGUGGAUUCACUGCUUUGAGAAUGUCAAUGCUUUGAUGUUUUUAGUUGCAAUCAGUGGAUAUGAUCAAUGUCUGGCAGAGGACAAGGACGGUAACCAAAUGCAGGAAGCCCUAAUGCUCUGGGAGUCGAUCGCCAAUUCUCACUGGUUCAAGAACUCGGCACUUAUUCUCUUCUUGAACAAGAUGGAUCUCUUCAAAGCCAAGAUCGCAGUCAGCCCGAUUACCAAGUUCGGCUUUUCGGAUUUCCAAGGCGACCCAAGAGACCCUCAACAAACAAGCAAAUACUUUAUGGACAAGUUUGUUGCUCUAAACCGAAGUCCCGGCCGAGACGUCUACUCACAUUUCACUAAUGCCACCGAUACCGAUCUCCUCAAAGUCACCAUGGCAUCUGUCCAGGAUAUGAUUAUUCAAAAGAAUCUACAGAAAUUGAUUCUUUGA